AGUGCGUGUGGCACGUGAUGUCAGGGACCCGGAAGGAAGUUUGCACCAGUGUUGUUAUAGCAGCUCCGCAGGUAAAGAGACGAAAAGCCCUCUCUGUAGCCGCUGCUCUUUGUUUAUUUGUUUUUGUUUGUGGUCUCUGAGUGUCGCUAUCAUGAAUGUGACGCUCGAGGUGAAGCAGUACAUCUCCAAGAUGAUCGAGAUCAGCGGGCCCGGGAUGAAGGUGCUGCUCAUGGACAAGGAGACGACCAGUAUAGUGAGCGUGGUGUACACUCAGUCUGAGAUCCUGCAGAAGGAGGUUUACCUGUUUGAGCGGAUUGACUCUCAGAACAGAGAUAACAUGAAGCACCUUAAAGCUAUCUGCUUCUUGCGGCCCACCAAGGAGAAUGUGGAGCACCUGAUCCAGGAGCUGAGGAGGCCCAAGUACAGUGUCUACUUUAUCUACUUUAGCAACGUGAUCAGUAAGAGUGAGAUCAAGGCCUUGGCUGAGGCUGAUGAACAGGAAGUGGUGGCUGAAGUCCAGGAGUUCUACGGAGACUUCAUCGCCGUGAAUCCUCACCUCUUCUCCCUGAACCUGCAGGGAGUCACUCGGGGGCGGAGCUGGGAACCCUCUAUGUUGGCACGCUGCACUCAGGGAUUGACCUCCGUCCUGCUUGCUCUGAAGAAAUGUCCAAUGAUCCGCUACCAGUUGUCCUCAGACAUGUCCAAACGGCUCGCGGAGAGCGUCAAGCAAAUCAUCACGAAGGAGUACGAGCUGUUUGACUUCAGGAAGACUGAAGUUCCUCCUCUGCUGCUUAUCCUGGACCGCAGCGACGAUGCCAUCACGCCGUUGCUCAAUCAGUGGACAUACCAGGCCAUGGUCCACGAGCUGCUUGGCCUCAACAACAACAGGAUCGACCUGUCCAGAGUCCCCGGGAUCAGCAAAGACCUGAGAGAGGUGGUCCUGUCAGCUGAGAAUGACGAGUUCUACGCCAACAACCUGUACCUGAACUUUGGAGAGAUUGGCACCAACAUAAAGAACCUGAUGGAGGAUUUCCAAAAGAAAAAGCCAAAAGGACAACAGAAGCUGGAGUCCAUCUCAGACAUGAAGGCAUUUGUAGAUAACUACCCCCAGUUUAAGAAGAUGUCGGGGACCGUGUCCAAACAUGUGACGGUGGUGGGCGAGCUGUCCCGACUAGUGUCAGAGCGGCAGCUGAUGGAGGUGUCGGAGGUGGAGCAGGAGCUGGCCUGUCAGAAUGACCACUCGAGCGCUCAGCAGAAUGUGCGGCGACUGCUGCAAAAUCCACGCGUGUCUGAGCUGGACGCCGUCCGCCUCGUCAUGCUCUACGCUCUGAGGUACGAGCGCCACAGCAGCAGCAUCCUGUCAUCUCUGAUGGACGAGCUGAGCAGAAGAGGAGUGUCUGAGCGUCACCGCAGGAUGGUUCAGGCUGUGGUGGAGUAUGGCGGAAAGAGAAUCAGAGGAAGUGACCUCAUCACACCCACAGACGCGGUCUCCAUCACCAAACAGUUUUUCAAAGGACUAAAGGGUGUGGAGAACGUGUACACUCAGCAUCAGCCUCUGCUUCACGACACGCUCGACCAGAUGAUCAAAGGUCGACUCAAGGACAGCCAGUUUCCUUACCUGGGAGCCAGCAGCCUCAGAGACAGGCCUCAGGACAUCCUGGUGUUUAUGAUUGGUGGAGCCACGUAUGAAGAAGCUCUGACUGUUUACAAUCUGAACCGCAGCACACCUGGAGUACGGAUCGUCCUGGGAGGAAGCAACAUCCACAACACCAAGAGUUUUCUGGAGGAAGUGAUGUCAGCGACAGGUCACAGCAGCAGCAGCAGCAGCCGAGCACAUGGAGGUGGUUUCCAUAGCAGCAGGCGCUAAGCACAGAGACUCGCUCUUCUUCCUCUCCUCCAGCUCUUGUGUGAUGAGCAGCAUCAUUCCCUCCGUCUGUGUUUGUGUAUAAAAGUUUGACACUUCUGUGAACGGACAUCAUCAUCUGUCCGUGUGAUAUUAGGAACACCUCUGAUCAAUACCUGUGACUGACAGCAGAACUGUUCAACUCUGCUGCUGCACAGCACGGCUCAGACUGGACUCCGCUUUAGUGUCGCCUUUAAGAUUAAAAUUAAAUAUGUGAAUAAAGAACAUAUUGUCUUUUAAAAUGAAAAGAUUUCAAAUGUUGUCCUCUUCCUGUGUUUAAAUACAGAAUCCAGGACGUCUUGCUUAUCCUCAGCCUCACGCUGUUACUGUUACAGCCGACUGAAAUGAUCUCACAGUGAGCUCAAAUAAUCCACAGACCUGUGGGCCACUACUGUGGCACCUCAGAGCCACUGACAGUAGGCAAAAUAACAUAAAAAUGAGAGGCAGAAAAUUCUCUGCAUCAUAUAAAGGCGGACGGACUACAAGCUAUCGUCUGACCUGGACUAACAUCACUGGUCUGUACGUGCAGCCAGAGACGAGUGCUCAGAGACUGUCUGCAAACAUCACUAACAGCUUUGCUCUCAGUCAGUGUCUUUUUUUUCACCUUCAAAAGCCCCGAUACGCUGUGGUCCCACUGUUUACCUUUGAUGUAAAUAAAUGAUGUAAUAAAAGAAAGGAGUCUGGAACCUCAUUGGACCAUCAGUCAUUAACGCUGCUGCUGGACUUAAAUUUUGUGGAAUGUCUCUUUAAAGUGUCUGUGUGGCUGGCUGUGGUUGUUUCAAGUUAAAAAGCACUAAUAAAUAAAAAUGUUCACACAAA